GCAAAUUACAUUUAUUAACGCAUUUUAAUACAUUUUUGUAUUAUUUUAUAUCUGAAGAAUAUCGAUGAAUAUAAGCACCUAACCUUACGAUGCAGUUGUAAUUUGGAAAUAUAAGAGAGAAUCAGAGUUAAAUAUUGUUUGAAUAUUUAAUAUGAAAGUGCUCAAGGAUUGUUCAGCUUACUUAAGCAAUUAUGAGGUUCUAAAUAUUCUGCAAAAUAUAAAAUCAAAUAAAAAACAAAACAUGAAACAAAAUCAGUUAGCAAGUAUAACAUAUCAGACUAUAAGAUAUUUAGAAAAGACUCCAUGUAAAAGGCAAACUCCUGAAAAAAUUAAAGGACUACUACAAGCAUUGGAACCUUAUAAACUAACAAAGUGCGAGAAAUUAACUCUUUUAAAUAUGUGUCCUAAAACACCUCUUGAAAUACAACUGAUUAUAGAAGAUAGCGAAGACCGUUUGACCGAUGAUGAAGUAAAUUCUUUACUUCAAGUAGUAGGAAAUUUCUUAGGUGAAGAUGAACAAGAAGGAUAGCAUGGUUUUACUACUUUAACUGUACAAACUUCUUAAAAAUUAAAAAUUUUAUAUACUUUAUGUACACUUUAUUUAUAUUAAACAGAAAUGGAAAUGAUAUAAUAUUAAAUACAUUGUGCAAAUAAA